ACAUGUGUCGGGGAGACGGCGCUCCUGACAGGGAGGAGCUUCGGUAAUAAACUUGUUACGGCUGUCUGCAGUGAUAUCACAGCCCUGCAACAUGAAGACGCGCUCAUCAUGGGGCAGCGGCUCGUCCGCGUCCUCCGGCAGCUCACAGGUGCAGUAAUGGGGGGUUAACAGCAGGCAUGGGGAACAAAAGGAGGAAGGACGCCAGCUGAGCCCCCUAACAGCUCUACAUCUACAGCCUGCUGCCUGCGUCACACCAGAAGAAAACAGAAAUGGCUCAGUCCGUCAGAAGGCCCGAGACUUUAGGAAUCGUGAACCUCAAACCUCAGGGGGAAAAAACCCGAACCGGCUACUUCUGCAACGUGAAGAGCAGGUUAGGAUCCAAGCUGCCUGCUGGGGUCUCUCAGCCUCCACAGUUUGCCAAGCCUCCCUGGGAGACUCAGCCUCAGUCGCACAUGAUGCAGAAAGCCGCAGCCGGCGCGCAGCGUAAGAGCGAGCCCGUCGUGAGCCGACCUCUGGACCACAUCCCCCACAUCAGAAACCCCAAGCUGCGGCAGUACUACCUGCAAGGGACGGCCUGGGAGCUAAACAACACGGUAGUGACUAAAGAGCAUGUCGGUGCACCACCAGAUGGCAGCACGAGCAGCACGGGUCUCCCCGGAGACACGGUGUUCAGCGUUUCAUCUAAGUUCAGCGGUAACGAUGGGCCCUCAGGGGACGAGAGCAAACCAGGCGGCCGUGAUCCAACACAACGCAGCGCUGAGACGCUCAUAAUGGCAGAGCAGCUGGUCUCCAAGAGAAAGCACGCCGCCGUCAGUGGAAAAUCCUCCGCGCCCGAACGGGACUCCGACUGCGGGCUGAGUGAGAAGAAGGCGGCUGAUGCGGAUGAAGGCGGUCUGGAUUCUCCCGCUGCUCGGCCUCAGUCCCCCUCACCGGAGGCAGAAUACGACAAACUGCUGGACGUGGAGGCGGUGCCGCUGCCGGACGGACACCUCUGCUUGCUGGCUCUGCCUCCUGAGUGCUGUCAGGGCGAGCAGCCGGCCGCCAUGCUCUACCUCAAACUCUUCUGCCGCUACAUCACCGACGGAAAGGGCGUGGUCUCCGGCAUCCUCGUGGUGACGUCCAACAAAAUCUUCUUCGACCCGUCCAAGACCCACCCUCUGGUGACGGAGCACGGCUUCGAGGACUACCUCCUGUCCUGCACCGUCGACGGCCUGGCCUCGGUCUCCUUCUUCUCGGAUAUUUCCCACGUUCACUUCAGCGCCUCGCAGCACAGAAGGAAAGGGAAAGCUGCUAAGAGCAUUUUUCAGAAGCUCGCCAUCACCAAAAGUCAAGGAGGGAGCCUGCGAGGCGAAGAGGAGGAGGAGGAGUCCCCGCCGGUUCUGGUGUCCGCUGCUCCGUCGGCGCUGCCCGGUCCCCCCCUGAGCCUCAGUGAGGAGGUUUCAGUCGAGGCGGAGGCGGAGAGCAGAGACGUGGCCGAGGUGGAGGGCACACAUGAGGUGCUGGCUGAUGAUCCGGUGGGCGGCCUGGCCGUCCUGAGCACCGCCGCCACCUUCUGCUGCAGAGCUCCAGAGGCGGAGUCGGCGGACUCGGAGAAACCUGCGAAGAGUCCGACCGCAGUUCCCCGACGGCCAUCGGCGGGAAGUCUUGGGGGUUUGAUGUUUGUGCGGCUGCGGGUUCAGUCGACUGUGGGGAUGAAGAAGAGUUCAGCCAAACAUUUACCCAGAAGGGACACCUGGCUGGCUCUGUCAAAAGAAAGCGCCGACGAGCUGCGCGCCUACCUGCGGCUCCGGCGGCCGGACCUGUGCUUACUGGACGGGGAGGCGGAGGCGGAGGCGGACCACGACGAAGAGGAGUUUGUUCUCAUCGAGGAUAAAGACGAAGCGGACGAGGAGAUGUUUCAGUCGCUGCUGGCCGCAGGGGACGACUGGGAGAUGGUGUUGAUGGAGCAGAACAAAGACAAGGUGAUCGACCGGGAACCCGAAGGAAUCUGCAACGUUGUCGAGAACAGCCAGAUUCUGGAGGCUUCACACGUCAGAGAGCUGUGUAAGGAGCUUCCCCCCCGGACGGUGGGCCGCACGUGGCGGCUGGCGUACAGCACGUCCCGUCACGGCGCCAGCCUCAAGUCUCUUUACAGGAAACUCAGCACUACGGACUCUCCUGUGCUGCUUGUCAUAAAAGAUGCACUGGAUGAGCUUUUCGGGGCCUUCCUCUCGGAUCCGCUGAGGCCCAGUGAGAAGUUCUACGGUACGGGAGAGACCUUCCUCUUCAUGUUGCAUCCUCGUUUUAAGUGCUUCAGGUGGACGGGAGAAAACUUCUUCUUCAUCAAAGGAGACCUGGACUGCUUCGCUGUCGGCGGUGGAAGUGGUCACUUCGGGCUGUGGGUGGAUGAGAACCUGUACCUGGGCCGCAGCAGUCCGUGCUACACCUUCAACAACUGCUGCCUCUCUGAGACCGACGAUUUCCGCAUCAUGGAGCUGGAGGUGUGGACGUUCAGCUGAGGAGAAGCUGCUCAUCCGUCGUGGUCACGUCCAAAAUCACACUGGACCUGUGCGCUGUGGACUCUGGCCCUGAGUGGGCUUUAGGCGGACGCCGGUCUUAAAUGUCCCGCGGGUUUGGCAGCCGGACUGGCGUGGGACUCGAUCCUCUGUUUGGUUCCGAGUCUCAGAGAAUGCACUUUGCUCUUAAUGUAAAUUAUCCCCCUCACGCUAUUUUAUGAUCGAACUUCAAUAAAUGUAAAUACGAUCCCGCGCCUGCCAUUAUAAACGCAUGACUGUAUAUUUGGAGUAAGCCACCUCUCAGCCGAGGUCAGAGGUAUAAAACACCAAAUAGAGAUUUGAGGACUUCAUGCUUUGUUUCCUCUCCACGGCCGCUGAUCAUCGCUGAUCAUCUCCUCCGCGGCUUUUUUUGUCUGUCUGGCAUGGAGAGGAUAUUGUUUUUUCCUGCUGUAAAAUGCCUUCUGACUCCGCUGUGGUCUCUCAACAUGAUGGAGAAGACGUUCAUUAACGCUGUUCAGUCACGCAGAUGUCACUAAUAUGCUCCCACUGACCUGCGUCCUUCAGUUCUGUGGACUAUUUAAUGGAAAUCUGCACAAUGUGAGUUUGAAUGGAUCUACAGGGCUGGUCAGACG